AUGUCUGACCAAGAGGAUACAAGAGCCAAACAGCUCGAAGAAGCUAGGAAGAGAGUAGAAGAAUUGAAGAAGAAGAGUAAAAAGGAUAAGAAGAAGAAGAAGCAGGCUAAGAAUACGGAAGAGACGAAAGAGGUUAGCGAAUCAGAGUACUUAGACAAGGAAGCAACUGCUGAAUUGCCAGAAGUUACGAGUGCAGUGGAAGAAGAGAAAACAGUGGAAGAAGAUAAAGCAGUGGAAGAAGAGAAAGCCAUCAACGAAGCCGAGAUUCAAACUGCCGAUAAGGCAGACGAGGCAGCUGAAUUGGAAGCCCCUUCCAUAGCGGUCCUAAACUCCUCAGUAGAGUUAGCCGCUGCCAAAGAAUCAUCUAAUGACGCAAGUCAACUCUUUGAUAAUGAUGCUAAUGAUGAAUCAGAUUUUAUGGACACUAUAAAAAAACAGAAGGAAGCUGAAGAAAUUCAGAGGUUGAAGACUGAACUGGAGGCUACUACGGCAGAAUGCAAAAAGCUAAAAUUUAUUAAUAUGGAACAUGAGACGACGAUCGAGGAUCUACAAAGCGAAGUGAAACAUUUGCAGAAGCAAUUACAAAACAAUCAGCAGGAGCUACAGACGGCACUCCAAAAUUUAACAGAAGCACAAAGCAAGUUGACCUUGCAACAGGCCAACGACUCAGCACCUUUACAGUUUGCACAAUUCCCUGGAUCUACGAAUCAAAAAGCCGUGGGUGAUACGUACCAGGAGCCAUCCAACGAACAUUACAAGCCAGAAGUUGACCGUGCCGCGUUGAAUAAAUGGCGUUGCUGGAAUGUAGAUAUGACUUCAUGGAGAAGUAUAGGAAGUGGACCUAUCGUUGAAUUUUAA